AUGGAUGUGUCCGCAUUCUUUUUUCUGGAACAGCUUCGGGUGCUGGAUCUGUCUUUUGCUGGUCUACGCAGUCUCCCCUCAGAUUUCAGAAGUGUGUUUACAAGAAUGGAAAAUCUGCAAGAACUUCAGUUGGGUGGAAAUCCCUGGCUAUGUGACUGUACCCUUCGCUGGCUAAAGGACUGGUACCUUUCGGACGCCUCGCCUUCAAUGCGUUUUUCUCACACUCGCAAAACCCUUCAAGAAACACACAUAACUAUUACACCAACAUGCAGUGAACCCUAUAGUGUCCACGGAAAGCAAAUAUUUGGCAGUCCAGGGCCCAAAACGAUAAAGCUGGAGGAAUUUCUUUGCAAACAGUGGAUAUCCUCUAAAACAAAAACCGUAAGCGCUCCCGAACAAUCCAACGUAUCAUUGGAGUGCCACGGUUAUUCUGAGACGCCUGUGAAGGUCCAGUGGUUCAAGGAUAAGCAUGUUCUCACAAAACUGUCUAGACGUUAUGCCCUCUUUCAGUCAAACUCACCGGAGUUUCAGGCCACGCUCAACAUUGUCCACGUGGUAAAAGAGGACGCCGGUCUUUGGGAGUGUGCAUUGGAUGAAGGUGGUGGCCAGCAAAGAGCAUCAAUAAACCUGACGGUCAAAUUGACGGAUGGAUCACUUAGGGAUGCCAGUUCAGGCAAUUCUCAGUCAGAUUUAUACAAACAAAAUCUCGUGUAUGCGGGAAUCGGAAUCGCUUCUCUUUUUAUUCUUCUCGGUGCUAUUGCCUUGGGGAUUUUUUGUUGUUGGAGUGGUCGCGCCGGCAAAACUGCCCGCGUGCACAUGUGUGCGUCAAAAUUUAGAGGCGGGAACGCCUACCAGUUUGGCGUACAGAGCAUUGACAGUGAUGCACGUGAAAUGAUUGGCAAUAGGGCUGCCAACAGUCGUUCCGAUUCACCUGGUCCCAUGCAAUCGAAAUCUCCCAGCCACGCCCUACAGCACAUUAACGACCUCAAAGACAGCACUAACCAGAACUCCGGCAGCUCUCAGAUUCAUUUUCUUUCGGAUAUUGCCAUAAAGUCUACGAUACCGGAGGGUAUCGAGUCGAUGCCAGAGGGGACUUUUUAUGGUCGAAUAUGUGUUCCUACACUGCCCUCUACCAUUGAACCACCGUCUGGCCAAGUCCUCGGCACAAGUAGCUCUGGUAGCCACGCCGUCGGUAGGCAAACUGAUAUCCUAACCACAUCGGCCAGGCUAUUUUCGGGACAGUCUGCAACGGACGAAUCGACACUAGCGAGCGCCAACUAUGCGGACCUUCUUCCGCUUCCACCUGAGACUAGUUAUGGCACAACGCGCAAGACACUACCAAUUUCUACUGGACUGUUGAACUCUCUCACCACACCCAUACCUGUUUCAGUAAAGAACUUUGUUGCAAGUGGCGUACCGCCUGCAGGUGUACUGCUAAAAACGAGUGUAACGAGCUCCAGUUCGCCAUGCCCUUUGCACGGUCCCACGCUCCAGACUGUUUAUUCCCGCAUGCCUGCUACAAUCCAUGAUCCCUGCCCCAUUCACGGUAGUUCAGCAGCGUUGAUAGCCAAACAGAAUGACGUCACCAAAUGCCAAAGACAAAAAACGUCAUCUUUUACGCAAACUGCCGGUGGAUGUAAAACCGAACUGCAGGCCUCCAACUGGUCCCGUUCGACCGUCUCUCUUCAUCAUGGACUAAACACCGAGCUAGCCAAUGAUCGAAAGGGCUCGUCGACUAACUGCGCUCCUGUUCCUUAUGUAAGACGGGAUUCAACGGGUUCCUGCUGCUCCUCCUACAAACCAGGUAAUACCAACUGGAGGAAUGAAGGUCGGGGUCAGUCCUCCUACAGAACACUGCCAUCAAAUAUAGGUAUGGGGCACUAUUCAACCUGUCCCAUUCACGGAAAAGUUAGUGCCAUUACUUUAAAUAAACGUAGUGCUUCAGUGGCUCUCGACAGAGCAUUAAAAUCAUCUGUGAUAGGCGCGCAAAUCUCACACCACCGGAAAUUAUUGCGCAAUCACGAUGAGUGCAGCAGCUGCUCCUCUACAGACAGCGUGGCUGAGGGAGAGGACGUCAUGGAGGAUUACACCAGCGAAACUUCGGAGGACCCACAGGGCAACUCCUCGGAUACCUGCUCUACAGGAUCUGAUGCCGAUUAUGUUAUUAGUUGUACACAACGGCAUCAACCGCUCUCCAGAGGCUAUUCGUCACAGAAUUCUCUGGGCUCAAAACACCUCCGCCAGGAUCACGCCACUUCUGGUAAUCAACGCAGACAGGGAAUAGCAACCAAGCGUAAAAGCGUGUGCAGUUCAGACUCGGAAGACCUACCGAAUAAUAGUCACAAUCCGUCCUGGAAUGAGGACCAAGCUCAGCGAUUAUCCAUAUGCUCUGGCAAUUGGAAAAUGCGUCAGUCGGGUGAAGGUUUGGAGGUUCAGGAAGAAGGGGGAAGAUUACCACAGGCAGCCUUCCCUCCAAGGACUAUGAUAGGCCAGCCAAUACUUAUCGCGAUUGGCGAACCACGCUGCACAGGUGUAACCAACAAAAGCCCAUGCAGCCCAAUGCAUCCCAGGCCUACUGUCAACACUCAAGUGGCUAAUGAGGUCAUAACGAACGUCCACCCUAAAGAGGCGCCCUCUCAUUCCAGCUGUAAAGAAUUAACCCCCUCUUCCAGUUCUUCCACAUUUGGCCCACCGAAAUCUAUUCUCGUCAGACCAAGAAGUAGAUCCAGAUGCGGAGCAUUGGAGCUCCACAAUGCGUAG